AUGACAAAGCAAUCCCGUAUGACUCAACCCAACGCCCCCACCGACGCUGAAAAAGGUCAAUCUCAAGAUUUUGAUCUGACCGAUUUCUUGCGCAACGUUGACGACGAGACCUCUGCUGCCGGUAUCGCUCGAAAACACAUGGGUGUCAUCUGGAAAGAUCUCUGCGUCAAGGGUCUUGGUGCCGAUGCAAAGACUAUCAGUACCAACUUUUCAGUCAUCAAAACAUUUGUCCAAUUCUGGAAGUGGGGCAAAACCCAAGGCACUGAUUUCACCAUCCUCAAACCCCUCAAUGGCUUCUGUAAGGACGGUGAGAUGUUGCUCGUCCUCGGUCGUCCUGGUUCUGGUUGCUCUACCCUUCUCCGUGUCCUAGCAAAUAUGCGCGGCUCUUACACAUCCAUCGAAGGCGAGGUCACCUAUGGUGGCAUCGAAGCUACUGAGUUCAGCAAGUACUUCCGUGGUGAAGUCUGUUACAACGAAGAAGAAGAUCUCCAUUACCCUACCUUGACUACCAAGCAGACUCUCAUGUUCGCUCUGAAGAACAAGGUUCCCGGCAAGCGUGUUCCCGGCGAGUCCUCUAAGGAAUUCAUCAACAAGGUCCUUUACAUGCUCGGAAACAUGCUCGGUCUCACUAAACAGAUGAACACCAUGGUCGGUAAUGCCUUCGUCCGUGGUCUCUCUGGUGGUGAACGUAAGCGUCUCUCAAUUGCCGAACAGAUGACCACCCGCAGUUCUAUCAAUUGUUGGGAUUGCGCUACCCGUGGUCUCGAUGCCUCGUCUGCUCUCGAUUAUGUCCGUUCCCUCCGUGUCAUGACCGAUGUUUUGCACAAGACUACCAUCUCCACUCUUUACCAGGCCUCCGACAACAUCUUCAAUCUGUUCGACAAGGUCAUGGUUCUUGACGAAGGUCGCUGCAUCUACUUUGGUCCUACCUCCCAAGCCAAGUCCUUCUUUGAGGAUGUCGGUUUCUACUGCCCCAGCCGCAAGUCCAUUCCCGAUUUCUUGACCGGUCUCUGUAACGCCAACGAACGUGAGUUCCGUCCUGGAUUCGAAGGCAAGACUCCUCUUAACUCUGCCCAGUUCGAGAACACCUACCUUCAGUCCGAGAUGUACCGCGAGAUGAUGCGUGAGCGCGAUGCUUACGAGUCCCAGAUCGCCAAGGACCGUCCCGAUGAACACUUCAGACAGGCUAUCCUCGAGGCCCAUCAGAAGCGUGCUCCCAAGAAAUCUCCCUUUGUCUCUACUUAUUAUCAACAAGUCGUCGCCCUCACCAUCCGUCAGUUCCAAUUGAUCUUUGGUGAUGUCGGUGCUCUGGUCUCUCGUUAUGGUGGUGUCGUCGUCAAGGGUAUUAUCAUGGCCUCUGUAUUCUACAAGAUGCCAGUCGAUGCCAAUGGUGCCUUCUCUCGCGGUGGUGCUUUCUUGUUCUCUUUGCUUUUCAACGCUUUAAUUGCCCAGGCCGAAUUGUCUGCUUUCAUGCAAGGUCGUCGUGUCCUCGAGAAACACAAGCAUUUUGCCCUUUACCAUCCGUCUGCCUUUUACAUUGCCCAAGUCAUUUCUGAUAUUCCAUUGGCCAUUAUUCAAGUUAUCAUUUUCCAGCUUUGCGUCUACUUUAUCAUGGGUCUCAAGAUGGAUGCCGGAGCUUACUUUACUUUCAUGGUCGUCCUGGUCUUUACCAAUUUGUGUAUGAACGGUUUCUUCAGAUUCUGGGGUGCUGUUUUGCCAAAUUUCUUUGCCGCUUCUCAGAUUUCCAGUAUCUUCCUUAUUGCUUGUUUGAUCUACUCUGGUUAUCAGAUUCCUUACAAGUACAUGCAUCCUUGGCUGUACUGGAUUUACUGGAUCAAUCCUCUGGCUUAUGGUUACAAGGCGCUGAUAUCCAAUGAACUUCACGCAAUGCACUUUGAUUGCAAUGGUCCUGCUAUGGUUCCAUAUGGUCCUGGUUAUGAAAACACUGACUACCGUACCUGUACUCUUGCCGGUGCAAACCCCGGUGAGCCCUUUGUUCUUGGUGACAGCUACCUUGACCGUGGUUACGACUAUCAAGUCUGGCAGCGAUGGAUCGACUUUGUUGCCGUCGUUUUGUUCUUCGUAUUCUUUACCGCAAUUACCUGUCUCGCUAUGGAAUACUUUGGUCUCCAAAAGGAAGGUUCUAUUACCAAGGUUUACAAGAACGGCAAGGCUCCCAAGGCCAAGACCGAAGAAGAACUUAUGCAGCAGACCGGAACCCGUGAGGAAGAGCACAUGGAGGCUGUUUCCGAAGGUACCACUUUCUCUUGGCACAACAUUGAUUACACUGUACCCAUCAAGGGUGGCAAGCUCCAACUUCUGAACGGCAUCAACGGUAUCGUCAAGCCCGGUCACCUUACUGCUCUUAUGGGUUCUUCCGGUGCCGGUAAAACCACUCUUCUUGAUGUACUGGCCAAGCGAAAAACCAUUGGUAAGAUCGAUGGUAGCAUUCUGAUGAACGGCGAGCCCCUGCGCAACGACUUUGAGCGUGUUACUGGUUACUGCGAGCAGAUGGAUGUCCACAAUCCCAAUGCCACUGUCCGUGAAGCCCUUCAGUUCUCUGCCUAUCUGCGUCAACCUGCCGAGGUCCCCAAGGCCGAGAAGGAUGAAUAUGUUGAGCAAAUUCUUCGUCUCCUGGAGAUGGACCAAAUAGGUGAUGCCCUCGUUGGUGAUCUUGAAGAAGGUGUCGGUAUUUCUGUUGAAGAGCGCAAGCGUCUGACCAUUGCUACCGAACUUGUUGGCAAGCCCAAGCUUCUUUUCCUUGAUGAACCUACCUCUGGUCUCGAUGCCCAGAGUUCUUACAACAUUGUCCGUUUCAUCCGUAAGUUGGCCGACUCUGGCUGGCCUGUCCUGUGUACCAUCCAUCAGCCUUCUGCCACCCUGUUCGAGAACUUUGAUCACCUGGUGCUUCUGAUGCGUGGUGGCCGUACCGCCUACUGUGGUGAGAUCGGUCCUGGUUCUGCUACUAUGAUUGAAUACUUUGAGUCCAACGGUGGACCCAAGUGUGACCCCAAGGCCAACCCUGCCGAAUACAUUCUUGAGUGUGUCGGAGCCGGUACCGCUGGUAAAUCCAAGGCUGACUGGGCUGAGAUUUGGAAGGGUUCCAAGGAAGCCAAGGCUCUUCAGGACGAACUCAAUGACAUUCUUUCCAAAUCCUCCCACGACUCUUCCCGCAAGACCAGCACCUACGCCUUGUCCUUCUGGCAGCAGUUCAUGCUUGUCUACAAGCGCAUGAACAUCUCAUGGUGGAGAUCUCCCAGUUACAACCUCGGUCGUCUCUUCAACGUCUGUUUCAUUGGUCUCAUUUCCGGUUUCACUUUCUGGAAGCUCGGUAACACUCCUGCCGACAUGCAGAACCGAAUGUUCUCUGUCUUUACUACCCUUCUGAUGGCCAACGCUUUGAUUAUUCUGGCACAGCCUCGAUUCAUGCAAGAGCGUAUGUGGUUCCGUCGUGAGUAUGCUUCAAAGUACUACGGAUGGGGACCUUUUGCUCUGGCCUGUAUGGUUGUCGAAAUUCCUUACCUGAUCUUCUUCUCUGCCAUUUUCCUGGUGUGCUUCUACUGGACUGCCGGUCUUGAGAACAUCUCUGACAGAGUUGGUUUCUUCUACAUUCAUUUCUUCGUUUUCAUGCUUUACUCUGUCUCGCUUGGUUUCAUGAUUGCCGCCUUCUCUAGCACUCCUCCUAUGGCUGCCGUCAUCAAUCCUUUCUUCACAUCUAUUCUCAUUCUGUUUGCCGGUAUCGUGCAGCCACCUUCGGAAAUGCCAUACUUCUGGAGAUCUUGGAUGUAUUGGUUGGACCCUUACCAUUAUCUUAUCGAAGGUCUUGUCGUCGAUGUCAUGGCUGGUGUCAAGAUUGUCUGUGGUGCUGGUGACUACAUCAAGAUCAAUGCCCCACCUGGCCAGACCUGCGGUGACUACUUUGCCAACUACUUUGAGUCUGGUGGACUUGGUUACAUUGGAAACCCCGAGGCAACCGGAACCUGUGACUACUGCCAGUACACCGUUGGUGAUGACUUUUACGAAACCCGUAUCGGAUGGAGCUUUAGCAACAGAUGGCGCGAUUUCGGUAUCUUGUGUGCCUACUACGUUUUCAAUGUCAUGCUCUUUACAUUCUUUGUCUUCCUCUUCCGUAAAGCAAACCGAUAA